AUGAUGGAGUGCAAAAGGGACAACAGCGUGCGGACUGAGCCGCGGCUCAUCAUCCAUGGCGGAGCUGGCAACAUUUCACGCGCGACGAUGACGCCGGAGAGAUACCGGGCAUACAGAUCAGCGCUGACGGAGAUUAUCUCCCGCAGCAGAUCGUACAUGAUGACGGAGAUCGCAGCGAAGAACGGCAACAGCCGGCGGCCAUCGGCGCUGGAAUCGGCGACGUUUGCGGUGGUGCUUUUCGAGGACAACUCGCUCUUCAACAGCGGACAUGGAGCCGUUUUUACGCGCGACGGCAUCAACGAGCUGGAAGCCAGCGUGAUGGUAUCGCGAGGACGGGCAAAGCGAGGAGUCGGCGUCAUGGGACUACGGCGGGUCAAGAACCCGAUUCUGCUGGCACGUCGGAUGCUAGAGCACGGCGAUGUCGAUCUGGGCGGACGCGAUGCAUCGGUUCCAUCGUUGGGGAACAGCAGCAGAAGCCACGGCAGCAUUGAUGCGCCCAGUGCCCAGGGCCACACGCAGAUCUACGGCGCGACCGCUGAGGCUCUGGCAGAGCGCUACGGCUUGCCGCUGGUCGAGCCUUCGUAUUUCUUCACGCAGACCCGCUGGGACGAGCAUGUUCGUGCUCUGGAGCGGGAGAAGGAGCAGCAAAAGGCCCUGAAGGCCGGCUGUGUAUCGGCUGCCACUGCCAGCUGGUCAGCGGACGAGUAUCUGCCCCAGGGCACUUGUGGCGCAGUUGCUCUGGACGAGGACGGCGUGGUGUGCUGCGCCACAACUACGGGCGGCCUGACGAACAAGCUGACGGGACGGGUUGGCGACACGCCCGUUGUCGGUGCCGGAUCCUGGGCUGAGACCUGGUCGGAGGCUGGCGAUCCCACAGCUGCUGCUACUGCCCGACCGAUUGUGGAGCUGUCUGGAGCGUUGCGCAGCCUGCUGGCCGACUGCCUUCCGAUUCCCAUGCCCAUCUCGUUCCAGUACAGCUCUCUGGCUCGUUCUUCCUCUUCAACAGCAGCAGCAGUAUCCACGACGACACGGUCCCUCGCUCUCUCAGGCACGGGCAAUGGCGACUCUUUUCUGCGUGUGAGCGCCGCGCACACAGUGGCCGCCAUGGCCCGGUUCCGGCCAGUCUCGUCAGCAGAGGCGCUUUCUGCUGUGGCCGGUCCCGGCGGCUUGCUGCAGGAGAGCGCAGGCGAUCGCUGGGGCCGCACGGGCGAGGGCGAAGGCGGUCUGAUCGGCAUCGAGAGCGUCGUCGUGCGUGACAAGCGCGACGGCGCCGUGCUCGAGGUGCGCAGCUCCAUCAUCCAGGACUGCAACUGCGGCGGCAUGUUUCGAGCCUGGAUCGACGAUGACGGCCAGACGCAAGUCCGGGUUUUCCGGGACGAGAUGCAGUGA